UUAUGUGGAGCCGUUGCCAAUGUCAAGGAAUGCAAGCUGGUCAAGGGUUCAAAUGGAGCGCCAAAAACUAUACGCGCAAUUACUUUGACUAACCAAGAAUGUCAUCCUUUAGUUAUUUCUCUGUGGGAAGAUUUAGCUAAAAAGGAAGGAUCAAUUUUACAAAAUAUGAUCAAGGAUAAGCCCAUCGUAGCAAUCACAAAGAUCACUGCAAGAAAGUACAAUGAAGAAUGGCAGUGGCAAUCCUCUUCAGCAUCAAUCUUGAUCAUCCAACCAACUUUUAAAGAAGCUAAACUCUUGAAAAAAAUGGUCUUCCAAGAUGCC